UUUUUUUAUUUAUUCAAUCUGAUGUAGUCGUAUUUAGCUGAAAGCUUUUUUAAUUAUUUUGUUAUAAAUCCUUUCUUGUCAUCUUAUUAUUUUCAUCAAUUAGAGUUUGUUAAUCAUCAUUAUGGCUUUUGGAUACCUUAAGGACUAUGAGUGGGCUAGUGAGUUCACUAUUGAAAAUGAAAUUGGCCAAUCUUGUCAACCAGAUGAAAUUGCUUUUCUUGAUUGGGAAUCUUUGGAUGCUGGUUCAUCUUCAAAAUCAUCCUCAUCUAAUCGAACCACAAGUGGUGAGCUUUCAUUGAACAACUAUUUAGACCAAAGCAAAUUGACCAUUCAACCUAAUGAUAAAGCCAGAUUAGGGGAAAUAAAAGACGUCGAAACAUUGAAUUUACGCUUAUCUGCUUACCUGGAAAGUGCCAAACUCACUGAGUUCCAUAUUGAAGAAUUGAUGCAAUUGAUCAUAAGUUUGCUCAAUGAUAAAAGCAAACCUCAUUCACACCUGGAAUCUGAAUUAAUGGAUCUUCUUGGAUUUGGUGCAAUUGAUUUGAUUCGAGAGAUCAUUCAAAAUCACCAGUCAAUUAUCAAAUCUCACAAGUCGCUGUAUCAAGAAGCUUACCCAGGAGACCAAGGAGACUCAACUGCUGAAGCUUUAGCUAAACUGAAUUCACUGCAGCCUAAUCAACCCAAGAAGCCUUCAAUAACUCAAUCAGUGGUGGUACAAACAAUUGAAGAGAAAAAUUUGAAAAAAUUGAUUCGUAAAUGUGAGAAGAAAUGA